UUUUCCAUUUUCCAGAUAGGAAAAUGCUCUUGCAUCGUGAAUGAAAUUUUUAUUUGCUAUCGUUGCACAUCACUGGUAGAAUUCAAGAAAUGUCUUCCAUUGAAAUUGUGGAGUUCAUUGGCGAAUGAAGACUAUCUCUAAGGCGGUUUACUCCGACGAAAACGUAUUAGUAUUCUCGUGAAUCUCUUCUCAAUUACACCAUCGCUACCACCAAAACAAAGAUGUCGACAAAAUUGAUUUUUCUGCUGGCGAUCUUUGCCGUCGCUCAGCUGUCCACUGCCGUCUACAUUACGGACGAUGUUUACGUCUCGGAGCUGUUCUCUCUGCGGGUCGAACCGCGAAUGUUCAACUGGACCUUCCAAGGGCUGACGGAACAAUUCCAGUAUCGUCCAUCUCUCGAGGGCUAUCCGGAUCUUCCGUCGUGGGUUCGCUACAUGUACAGCACUGAGUAUCAUUCGGGUUUUCUUUACGGAACACCACCGGAACGAACGGCUGACAGCAAGGUAGCAAUAGAGAUCAUCGCCCUCAACAAACAAACCUACGAAACGAAACGGAUCGUGCUCAUACUGUCCGUUCACCGGAAGCUUCCUCCGAGAAAUGUGAUCCAGAUGAAGAUCGAUAACCUGAACUGGGUGCACAUGAUGGAUCCGGGUAGGAUUGAAAAUUUGAAGAACAUCUUUCGGAAUGAUUUGUGGCAGGAAAGCCGACAGGAUUUGCACAUCAUUUUCAUGGAUUCGGCAAUAAAACUGGGUGCGCGUUUGCCACUGAAACCGCAGCAACGUGAGGGGGUUGUAGUCCAUUUGGGAAGCAGGGCCGAUUUUUCCUCUAGACUGUUGGAUCUUCAGGAGGAGGUUAAACCGCUCUACAAGAUAGCGUCGUGCACAUACAAGAGAACAUCGGUGCAGACAACCUUCGAGAAUUCUGGUUUCAAGCUGGACUGGUGUGCGUUCAAGAUGCAAGCAGCAGACGAUGACAUCACGGCUAUGCCACAUCAUCCGAACGAAAGUUACAAACCAGCUAAGGGAUCGGAGCUCAGCAAUCUCCAUCGCUCUGAUAAGUGGGAAGCACCAAUGAAGUCUGAGGUACCGGAGAGGAAUUAUAGUGACGAAUUCGCCGUCUCAUUCGCCAUUCCUGGGAUGAUUUUCGUGCUGCUUCUGUCCAUUCUGACGGUGAUAUUGUGUUUCCAGCACGAGAAGUUGCGAGAUGACGAUUCUGAAUAUUAUUUCGACUUUCUCUUUAACAUUUGUACAGAUUUCUUCAGAUUGAAAAAAUUUUACAGACACGAGUAUCGGCCAGUGCAAGCGGUUCAGAUGGUCCAGUAUUCGCAGCAGUCUACGAUUCAGCCAACCGGAACGCUUAAAAGCCUUAAGGAACCUUCCUACGUGGAGAAUUUGAGUUUGCGUUCAGCUAGUCCAACGGAGAGUCACUACCCGGAGGGUAGUCCACGAGUCAGAAACACGUAUCUACGACCAAAGCCUCCUCCGUACAAACCGGCCUCGGGCUCGAACAGUUCUACUAUGCAGCGUAAUGUAUCGAGAGGUGUGGACAUGUGACAAGCGGAUACCCGAGUUUUGUUCUGCUAGAGUGGAAUGCAGAUAAUAUUGAAGGAAUUAACAUUAUUCAUUUCGAAAACACUCAAUUGGUAGAACAAUAUUCGAAAAAUAAAUGAUUGGCGGAAAAAUUAUACUAAACUAACCAUACAACAAGCAAUAUAACUAUCAGGACUAAAUAUGUCAACAUAUUGAAAUCUAAACAUUACAACAUUAUCCACAUCAACUAGAGUAUAUUAAACGCUCUGUAGAGAAUACUCGUAGCAUGUUGCAAAUUCACCUUCAUAAGAAUAUAUUCAUGACUUCGAAAAGCUCUCUCAAAA